CCACACCUGUCCCCGGUCCCCGCGGCGCUCGGGGCCAUGGCGGGCCUGGGCCCCGGCGGGGGCGACGCCGAGGGGGGCCCCCGGCCGCUGUUCUGCAGGAAGGGGGCCCUGAGGCAGAAGGUGGUGCACGAGGUCAAGAGCCACAAGUUCACCGCCCGCUUCUUCAAGCAGCCGACCUUCUGCAGCCACUGCACCGACUUCAUCUGGGGCAUCGGGAAGCAGGGCCUGCAAUGUCAAGUCUGCAGCUUCGUGGUGCACCGCCGAUGCCACGAGUUCGUGACCUUCGAGUGCCCAGGCGCCGGGAAGGGCCCCCAGACGGACGACCCCCGGAACAAGCACAAGUUCCGCCUGCACAGCUACAGCAGCCCCACCUUCUGCGACCACUGCGGCUCCCUGCUGUACGGGCUGGUGCACCAGGGCAUGAAGUGCUCCUGCUGCGAGAUGAACGUGCACCGGCGCUGUGUGCGCAGCGUGCCCUCGCUGUGCGGCGUGGACCACACGGAGCGCCGCGGCCGCCUGCAGCUGGAGAUCCGCGCUCCCACGGCCGACGAGAUCCACAUCACGGUCGGUGAGGCCCGGAACCUCAUCCCCAUGGACCCCAACGGGCUGUCGGACCCCUACGUGAAGCUGAAGCUCAUUCCAGACCCGCGGAACCUGACCAAGCAGAAGACCCGGACGGUGAAGGCCACGCUGAACCCCGUGUGGAACGAGACCUUCGUGUUCAACCUGAAGCCGGGCGACGUGGAGCGCAGGCUCAGCGUGGAGGUGUGGGACUGGGACCGGACCUCGCGCAACGACUUCAUGGGCGCCAUGUCCUUCGGGGUGUCCGAGCUGCUGAAGGCGCCGGUGGACGGCUGGUACAAGCUGCUGAAUCAGGAGGAGGGCGAGUAUUACAACGUGCCCGUGGCCGAUGCUGACAACUGCAGCCUCCUGCAGAAGUUCGAGGCCUGUAACUACCCCCUGGAGCUCUAUGAGCGCGUGCGCAUGGGUCCUUCCUCCUCCCCCAUCCCCUCCCCCUCCCCCAGCCCCACCGACUCCAAGCGCUGCUUCUUCGGGGCCGGCCCGGGGCGCCUGCACAUCUCCGACUUCAGUUUCCUCAUGGUCCUGGGAAAAGGCAGCUUCGGGAAGGUGAUGCUGGCGGAGCGGAGGGGCUCCGAGGAGCUCUACGCCAUCAAGAUCCUGAAGAAGGACGUCAUCGUGCAGGAUGACGACGUGGACUGCACGCUGGUGGAGAAGCGUGUGCUGGCGCUGGGCGGCCGGGGCCCGGGGGGCCGGCCCCACUUCCUCACCCAGCUCCACUCCACCUUCCAGACCCCGGACCGCCUGUAUUUUGUGAUGGAGUAUGUCACCGGGGGCGACCUGAUGUACCACAUCCAGCAGCUGGGCAAGUUUAAGGAGCCCCACGCCGCGUUCUACGCGGCAGAGAUCGCCAUCGGUCUCUUCUUCCUCCACAACCAGGGCAUCAUCUACCGGGACCUGAAGCUGGACAACGUGAUGCUGGACGCCGAGGGGCACAUCAAGAUCACCGACUUCGGCAUGUGCAAGGAGAACGUCUUCCCCGGGAACACGACCCGCACCUUCUGCGGGACCCCUGACUACAUCGCCCCCGAGAUCAUUGCCUACCAGCCCUACGGGAAGUCUGUCGACUGGUGGUCCUUCGGGGUCCUGCUGUAUGAGAUGCUGGCGGGACAGCCCCCUUUUGACGGCGAGGACGAGGAGGAGCUGUUCCAGGCCAUCAUGGAGCAGACCGUCACCUACCCCAAGUCGCUCUCCCGGGAAGCCGUGGCCAUCUGCAAGGGGUUCCUCACCAAGCACCCCGCCAAACGCCUGGGCUCCGGGCCCGACGGGGAGCCCACCAUCCGCGCCCACGGCUUCUUCCGCUGGAUCGACUGGGAGCGGCUGGAGAGGCUGGAGAUCCCGCCCCCGUUCCGGCCCCGCCCGUGCGGCCGCAGCGGCGAGAACUUCGACAAGUUCUUCACGCGCGCGGCGCCCGCGCUGACCCCGCCGGACCGCCUGGUCCUGGCCAGCAUCGACCAGGCCGACUUCGAAGGCUUCACCUUUGUGAACCCCGACUUCGUCCACCCGGACACCCGCAGCCCCGUCAGCCCCGUGGCGGCGGCGCCGGUGCCGGUCCUGUAAUCCCGCCCUCCGCCGCUAGGUGUCCCCACGGCCCCCUCCGCCGCCGCGCCAGCCUCGGCCCGACCUCCCGCCGCCUCCCGAAGCCCAGAUCCCAGACUCCCCUCUGCUCCCCAGCCCCCCCCCCCCCGGCCCCUCGGGGCUCCUGGUGCGCUAGGCUGCCCCUCGCAAGCGUCCCUGGCGUUCCCCACGCCACUCAGGUGCCGCUGCGCUGAACCCCAGAUUCUGGACUCCGUCCCCCCAGGUUCCAGAACCCCACCCCCACCCCCACCCCUACCCGCACCCCAUGGGGCUCUAGACCCCGACUCGGUAGAAUGUCUGCCUCCUUCUCCCUUUUUGUUCUUUUUUCAUUCUGGGAAAUAGUCUCAUGGGGUGGGGGCUGCUCCAGACUCGGGUUCCAGGACAAACCACCCCCCCACCUCCGAGGCCCCGCCCCCUGUCCCCCUGCCCCCCAAUUCUGGAGUCCAUGAGAGGCUGUGCCCCCAGCUCCAGCGCCCUCUCCCACGCCCCGGGGAUGCCUGGGGGGUGCGGGGAGCCUUUCCCCAGCUGUUCUCCAUCAGCUUUCGUUCUAGACUCCCCCCUCCUAACCCAGCCCAGCCCCCCGUACCCCCUCUUCCUCCCCCCGCCCCCCGCCUGCCAGGUGCAUGGCUCCAGCCCUGCUCGGAACCCCGCCCCCACCCCAGCCUGCCACCCUCGGGGACUUCCCCAGCUCCUCUCCUCUCCCCUCUCUGCCGCUCCCAUCUGGCCGCAGCUGCCGGAGAAUAAAUUUGGGAUGCUG